AACAGUGCGGUUACAGUAUUGGUAUGUAUACGUUAUAUGGUAAUAUACACCUAAAUAUUGAAUAGUUGCGCUUCAUCCGUUUCUUGUUAAUAUACGUCAUAAUAUCAUUAUAUUAUAAUUUUUUUUCGGGAUAUAGACUAGUGAUUUGUUUUCUGCAUACAUACCAAUGUAUUAAUAUAAUAAUGUAACAUUUUAUACGUAUUAUAAUAUAUUAGAUUUGUGGUGCCCGUCAAGCCGUCGACUGAGAUUUAGCUGUGUUGUUUUUUAAUCCCAUAUUUUUUGCAAUUUUGACGAGCUGAUCGUAGAUUGAGCAAUAUAAUGGGGUGGCCAUCAGGGUGGCCUGUAAAUAUUUUGGGUGGCCAGGCCACCCCUUAGCUACGUGCCUGUGGACUUGGAUGCUGGUGAAAUAUUAUAUGGACAUCACUGUGUGAUUAAAUACUACUCGAUAUGAGCGUUCCAGCGGUCGGCAGUGACGGCGACGGGAAGGCCGUGCGGGUGCGAGUGAUCGCACCUUCAUCCAUGGGCAAACCGUCGAACCUGGAGGCGUUCCGGAAGUUCUUCCGGGACGCUGGCAUUACGGCGCACGUCGCCGACUCGAUAUACCGGCCCGGCGCCGACCCGUUCUACGCGAACACCGACCAAUGCCGCGCGGACGACCUGGCGGACGCGCUGACGGACGACAGCACCGUACUGUGGUGCGCGCGCGGCGGCGAGGGCGCGUCCCGGCUGAUACCGUACCUGGAGGCGUUGCCGGCGGACCGGAAGCAGAAGAUCCGGGACGCCCGGAAAACUCUGGUCGGCUACAGCGACGCGACGGCGCUGCACGUGUACCUGCAGACGGUGUACGGUUGGCGGACGGUGCACGGCACGAUGUUGGAAAUGAUCGCCGACGGUGCGGUGGACGGCCGGUCGGUGAACGCGCUGAUGGUCCUGUUGACCGGCCAAUCGGGUCGGGUCCAGUACCUGCUGCGGCCGGUCGUCGCCGCCGCCGGUCGCCCGGACGGGCUGUCGCUGCGGGCCAAGGUGGCGGGCGGCAACAUGACGUUGGUCGAGAACACGCUGGGCACGGCGUUCGGCUUCCGGGGCGAAGGUAGGAUCGUGUUCUUGGAAGACGUCAACGUCGAACCGUACUCGUUGGAACGGAGCCUCGACCACAUGAAGCUGGCCGGCGUGUUCCGAGGCGCCGCGGCCGUCGUGUUCGGUACGUUCUCCGGUAUCAAAAAUCCGUCGGAAGAACACCUGUUGCCCCUGGUGUUCCAGCGGUUCGCCGCGACCGUACCGUUUCCAGUGUUCCGCGUCGAUGGCAUCGGUCAUGGUUACGUCAACGAUCCGCUGCCACUCAACACCGACGCCCGAGUGGACGGUCCGACGCUGUCCGACGCCGCCACCGGAACGCCGUUUUACACGCUGACCGUCGACAACGUAUAUGCUGACGCGGAACCGCUGACCGCCCGCACCGCUGGAUCAGCUGAGCUUAGCCAGUAGAUGACGGAACUACCGUACAGACGAUCGCGGAACGCGAUGUGGUUCUGGCGAAGGAGAGCUGCGGUCGUACUGCAGAAGGACUUUUUUUUUCACAAACGACUAAAUUGUAUAUACGCGCCUAAGUAUAUAUUAAGUCGAAUUUUGUUUUAAAUAAAAAUGGUCUUGAAAAUAGA